UGCAAUUGCUUGUGAAUGACACACACGUCCUGUAUCGUAUCUCAACGUCCAGUAUCACCCGGUAUUCACCUUCUCCAAUACACAAGCCAGCUCUACUCCUCCGAUCAUGCAUCUCAUGUACACUUUGAACGAACAGGGGAACAGGGUCUACACUCUGAGGAAGACCACCCCUGCCGGAAAGCCCACUCGGUCGGCUCAUCCUGCCCGAUUUUCGCCGGAUGACAAGUUUUCGCGACACCGAGUGACGAUCAAGAAGAGGUUUGGUAUCCUCCCUACCCAACUCCCCGCUCGUCCUCUUUAGAUGGAAAGACUCGGACAAGCUUGACGGAGGCACGAGGAAGCCGAUCAGGUCAUGGAUGGAGGGACCCUUUAUAGGGUUCAGUGAUAUCUCCACAGAACAGACGAUGUGGGAUGAGGGAAUCUGGACCAAGCGCUGGCGGACCCCUACUCUCAUACUAGAAGCAUAGUUUCUCUGAUCCCAUGCGACAUGUAAUGAAUGCGUU